AUGAUAACUGGGGAGAGACCACCACAGUCUGUCACUGGCACGUCGGAGCACAGCUUGUCCCAGGAGGACAUUGCGUACGCCCUUACAGAAUGCAGGGUGGAAAAAACUACAUUUCCCAUCAUACCUAGGAACAUUGGUGCUGUGGCCGGAGCCGCAGUGCAGCCAGUGGUGGGGACGGGCGCAGAGGGCCCCUUCAUCCUCGGGUCCCACUGGCUCCCUUUUAAUGGUCAGAUACUCGACUCACAGGAUGAGAACUACCAGGGUAUAGUGCAGUACGCGGUGUCCCUGGUGGAUGCGCUGCUCUUCAUCCACUACCUGGCCAUCGUGCUGCUGGAGCUCAGGCAGCUGCAGCCCUGCUUCUGUGUGUGUGUCACGCGCUCCACCGACGGGGAGACACGCCACUACAACCUGGGACAGCUCAGUAUCCAGAGGGCAGCGCUGGUCAUCCUGGAGAGCUACUAUAAGGACUUCCCGGUGCAUAACCCGGCCCUGCUCACUGCCUCCAAAUCCAGGGCAGCCAAGCACCUGGCCGGCCUCAAGGUCUACAACGUGGACGGCCCUGGAAAUAACGCCACAGCGGGUCAGUCUCGGGCCAUGAUCGCCGCAGCGGCCAGGAGGCGAGACACGAGUCACAACGAGCUGUACUACGAGGAGGCUGACCACGAGAGACGCGUGAGGAAACGGAAAGCCAGGCUGGUGGUGGCGGUAGAGGAGGCGUUCACGCACGUGAGGCGCAUGCAGGAGGAGGAGCUGAAGAAGCCGCUGGCGAGGGUGGGGAUGGACCCGCUGAGCGCGAGGCCAUUUUCUCUGCCCAUGGCGCUGGCCCUUUUCAAAUACUUCAGGACCACGCGCCAGCAGCACUGCCACAGCAUGGAGAGCAUCCAGAAACACCUGGCCUUCUGCAUCACCAACAACAUGACGCCCAAGGCGUUCCUGGAGAGCUACCUGACCCCAGGCCCGACGCUGCAGUACGGGCGUGAGCGCUGGAUGGCCAGCCAGUGGACGCUGGUGAGCGAGGCGUCCGUGACGAGCAGCCUGAGGGACGGCACGGCCUUCCUGCUCAAGUGCAUAGACUUCAGCCUGGUGGUCACCACCAAGGCCAUCCCCUACAUCAAGCUCUCCGAGGAGUUCAUCGACCCCAAGUCCCACAAGUUCGUGCUCCGGCUGCAGUCGGAAACCUCCGUGUAGGAACACUGGAUUAUUUGGCCAUGUUUGUAUUUUCUUUUUUGUUUGUUUUUGUUUUGUUUUACAUUUGCCUUGUUUUUUCUGUUUGUAUUUUUUCUUCUUUUUUAUUUUUUUUUUGCAGGAAAAAAAACCAUCUUUUUUCAUCUACACACAAUUUUAUAAUAUAUAUGAAUAUAUAUAUAUAAAUAUGUAUGAAAACACAUUUGAAUAUUUUUUUCUUUUAUAGGUUUAGACAAAAAGUUUAUGUAUUGGAUGUAAAAAAAGUCACAAGAAAAAUAAGGAAAGAGCUGUGUAGCUGUUUUGAGAUGUGCACACACACAAGAGGCUGCCAUGUGUGUGUGUUUGUGUGCGCGUGCAUGCGCGUGUCUUACGUGCGUGCAUGUGUGUCGUGCGUGCAUGUUUGUGUGUGUGUGUGUGUGUGUGUGUGUGUGUGUGUGUGUGUGUGUGCUAUGGACUCUUUUCAGCCAAACACAUAAAAUGAUGAGUGGAACAGGACUUGUGGAAACAGGAAACUAAAUUAAAUUUUAUACACUGUGGAAGAGGUGUAGCCUGUGUUUGGCUAUCAUUUUUAUGUUCUUUUAUAUCAUUUCACUUCAUUUUGAAUCAUCCUUUUCUGGUUUGAUUUUAAUUUUUUAUCUGCUUUUUCUCCUCUUUUAUGUCGACGUGUUGGUUCUACCCUUCAAUCUAGUCCUCUGUUUUUCUCUCUGUGUGUAUGCUCACUCUUUCCUUCCGUAGGGGUAUCUGGAAUGUGGACACAGUGGCGUAGGAUUCCGUAGGCUACUCUUCCCGUCUACUGGCGUGGUGUCUAGCUACCUCGGUGUGCUCCCCCAGGGUUGCCAUAGCAACAACGACGCACGCGCGCUUGCGUUCUGCCUCUGUCGACUAGCAACAUGACUCUCGAUCUCAAUCUCUGAUUACAUAUCCUGACCUAAACAGCCCAUGCAGCAAUCAUUCAAGAUUUCCUGAUUCUCAUGAAACAUGAAACAUGUUUGUAUAUAUUUAAAUUAUGCUUAUAGUCAAUGUACACGCACACAGUAUGUGUCUGUUUCUGUACAUGUGUGUAUAUGAAAACACUAUAACCCCUUGUUUUAUACACAUCCUAACUGCACAUAUUUUUGUUCUCUUUGAUCAUGAAAUCAAGUGUCCUCUUCCUCUUCAAAUUCAGAUCUGAAGGUUCCUAGCUGAGGGAUCCUCAGAUGUUCGUAUAGCAUGUCAGGACAAAGUCUCUUUGGCGCCCCGCCCCUUCAAAAAAUGAGUAAUUUCUCUUGUAAAAAUAACAAGAUCCUGUUUCUGUUCGAACACCCAAUUCCAUGUUUGUACCACUGACUCACUGCACAUACCUGUGCACUUUACUUGAGCAGUAACCAAGAAAAAUGAUGCACUCAUUGCUCACUGUUACACAUGCUAGCCUGUUGUAUUACAUAAUAAUAUGGUCCUCUCAAUACUACGGGCCUGUUAGCCACACGUGCUAGCAGGCCUCAUUCUAAUAAAACACUCCUGUUUUAGCCCCAACAAUUCUAACUAUCAUACCUGUAUCAUACGUCUAUAAGAGAUGUCAUGAAGCAUGUUUGUUCCUGAUUAUAACCAAAGUUUUAUUGUUCAUAGCUUAGUUUAGUUUUGAUCUCUGAUUUGAGAAGGUAAUGGGGACAAUAUCAUUUCAAAAGGACCCAAAAUGUCUCUCUCACUGUCUGGUGUCUGUUGCUUAUUCUCUGUGAAAGAGAUUUGAGACUUAAAGAGGGGUUCUGUAAAGAGACAUAUGGUUGAGCAGAGCCAAGCAUGUUUCUCAUUGAUUUUUUUACUGUUCUGUCUGUUCGAAACCCCUCGUAUGAGAGAGAUGAUAUAUAGCUUUGUGGUUGGAUUCAUGAAGUGAGAUGUUUGGGAAAAAAUAUUUUUUUAAUCCUAAAUGUCCAGACAGUUAUUUUCAGAUGUGUCCGUUUUGGCAGUGCAGUUUGCACCAUCAUCCAUCUUUUCUCCCUCUGUUUUCUCUCUGUUUUUACUCUGUUUUUACUCUGUUUUUACUCUGUUUUUACUCUGGCUGCUCUCGUCCCCUGUGGUCUCUAUUUAAGAUUCUAAUCAGGACGGCCCACUUCUCAUUCUGAAGAGUCUCUCUCUCUCUUUUUCUGUCUCUCCUCUCUCUCUCUCGCUCAAGAGUUUAACCCCCUUUAUCUGUUUAAUCACCAGACACAAGAGUUUAACCAGCACUGCUUGUUUAGAUGGAGACUCCUAAUCCUGCUAUGUCAGACCCCAUCCACUCUCCCUUCAGUCUGAGCCCCUACACACACACACACACACACACACACACACACACACACACACACACACACACACACACACACACACACACACACACAGACACACACACAAGCUGAUGGCCACCUACAUGAACAGCCUAUUAACCCCCCUCACUUUGUACAGAGAAGCUUUCUCACAAGGUGAAGAACCCAAGCAGAUUGCCUUGUAGAUAGUGGAUAGGGCUGGGGAGGGAGGGGGUGGGUUGGGGGGUCGAGAGACGUGGACAUCGCCCGGCGUUUCCCAUCUGGAGCCGCCCCGGUGGUCUGAGCAGGUAGAGCAGCUGUGUCGCCGGGUCACUGGAGAUGGUGGCGAGCCAUCUCCCACGCGCAAAGCCCACGAGUGUUGAGGGACGUGUUGUUGCUGCUCUACGUUGCUCUCAGUAAAGAACACAAGGGAGGGACUAGACUAGAGAGGGAUUUCUUUUCUUCUUCUCUCUCUCUCCCUCUCUCUCUCCCUCUCUCUCCUUCUCUGUGGUGAUCAAGUGGCAGUGCUGACAGCCGCCUGUUCAGAGAUUGCACUUGAAAAGAGGCGCUGUGGUGAUGUCAAAGGGAAAUGGAUACUUUGAAAUUUUCAUGAAAGAGUCCUCCCACAACCUCUAUGUGUCCUCAUACGUUUGGAGUUGAGUUUCGCUUGGCUGCUGCUCAUUUUAUUUUAUUAUUAUUUUUUAUUUUAUUUCUCUAAGCCUCAUGUCUUCAGUGCUCUCUCUCUCUCACACACAUACCCGUCAUAUCAGGACGGCAGACACCAGAGCCCGGCCCUGUGAAUACACAGCCCUGGGGUUAUAAAACCACUCUAAACACUCCAUCAAAUAACCACAGAGCAGUGGACCAGGCGCACGCACGCACACACACACACACGCACACACACACACACACACACACGCACGCACACACACACACACACACACACACACACACACACACACGCACACACACACACACACACACACACACACACACACAGCGGAGCUGCAUGAAUCUAAUCUCAUUACUGCUAUAAUGACUGCUGCUUUUGUGUCAAACGAGAGGAAUGAUAAAAGAAAGAAAGUAUGACCAAAAGCGAUCACGGGACAGUGUUGUGCUUUUGAGUGGUGUGGGUGUUUUAGAAGAAGUCGUAGGCCUGUUUUGUGUACAUAUAUCCUUCAACAGCUCUUAUGAUAAAAAGGAAGAAACUUUGAAAGAUGGACUUCUAGUGUUGGGUGUGGCCUAAUCUAUCACCCCUGUUCUGAUUAGAUUUUUAUAGCCCUGCAUGAAGAGAAAUACUAAUGAUUCCCCAAUCUUUUAUACUUCUUUUCAUUCUUAAAUGGACAAUGAAACAGGGAGGGGAAAAGACUACCCAUGGAAAAUUAGGCUCUCCAUCGAGUCCCUUUCAGAGCCUAAAACAUGGCCACAAGCGCCACCUACCUGUCAAUAGGAAGUUCACAGCUGUUUUACAUGUGAAGAUGUUCAUGCUUUAUUGCGUUAUUCACAGUUGUUGGCAUAAGUCAAUGCCACAGGGAGUGUGUAAAUGACAUGUUUUAGUUUUACGCACUUCAUUGUUUUUUUAAGUUUAAACAACCCCAUAAUAGAAGCAUUAAACCCCCAAGAACUGACCAAUGGCAGUUAUCUUUUAUAUGGUUAAAGUAUUAUGUCAGUCUGAGAUUUGGAGUUUUUAAUUAUGGAAAUUGGUGUUUUUUUGUAUGUGCUGUAGAUCUCUUUUUCACUUUUGUGGAUACGUGCUAACAUGUAUGUAAGGGUUUUGUGAGAUGUACGUAUGAAUGUAUGUUAUGCCAAUCCUGAUCACAUUGAUCAUCGCUCCCUCACCAACUGUCAAAAGGAAGUGUUUUUCAAUGUUUUUUUUACGUUUUUUUUCCUCCCAAAUACACACUGAAGGAAGAGGUAUAUGUCUUCAGGUCACAACCUUGCAUUUGUACAAAAUAAAUAUUUGUAUGAGUAUUUUA